AUGUCCUCUCCAAUCGAUUCAGAGGGAAUCCAAUACUACGAAUUGGAGAACUUCACCUUCCAGAACGGCACCACUCUGCCAAAAGUCCGAGUCGCUUAUCGCGAGUUCAAUCCAACAGGACAAAAAGCUGCCCUGAUUCCUACGUGCUUUCGGGGAAGAGUUAAUCAAACUCUGAACUUUACCAAUGGCGUGUUAAAAAGUCAUCGAGUCAUUGUGGUCGCGCUAUUGGGCAACGGAGAAUCCUCAAGUCCAUCCAACACCGAAAAUUUCCCUGAUACCCUCGAAUAUGGAGACUGCGUCAGAGCUCAGCAUGCCUUGGUCACAGAGCACCUGCGAAUUCCUUCGUUAGAUGUGAUGCUCGGCUUUUCCAUGGGAGGUCAAUGUACCUAUCACUGGACUGCAAUGUAUCCCGAAAUGAUCCGCAAUGCGGUGAUUAUAUGUUCAUCGGCGAGAACCAGUCUGCACAAUUACCAGUUUCUAGAAGGCCCCAAGGCUGCAUUGCUACAUUCAGUUGACUACAAUGACAAGAAUAUCCGUGCGAAAAAUAUCGCGCCGCUCCGAGGCCUGCAUGCCUUUGGCAGAGCUUACUCUGCGUGGUUGACGAGUGCUGAAUGGUUUGAGGAACGACUUUUUCGAAAGUUUGGCUUCGAGAUACUUGAUGACUGGGCUGAGGCUGGUGCGAAGGGCUACGAUGAUUGGCAUCCUGAUGACCUUUUGGUCAUGCUGGGGAUGUGGCAGCGAUCAGAUAUAAGUCUCAUCGGGGAUGGAAAGAGGACUCUUGAGGAUGUUCUUGGUAGUUUGACAGCUAGGAUCCUUCUGAUGCCCUGCCGGACUGACCAGUACUUCAAGUGGGAGGCUAAUGAGAGAGAGCUUCAGUCUAUUAAAUGUGGAGAAUUGGCGGUGAUUCCGUCGAUUUGGGGUCAUAUUGGGGGAGGGGGUGCCAAUCCGAUCGAUACUGAGUGGAUGGAUCUAAAGAUUGCUGCAUUCUUGGCUUCUCAAUAUUGA